CUGCCUGAUCGCAUUGAAUGUUAUAAAAGCCCAGGUGCUGGCCUCAAAUCUCUUAGUCUGUGUUUAAUAUUUGAAUCGAGAAGAAGCGUUUAAAGGAUCCACCAUGCUAAAAGCCCUUGUGAUUUUCUUAGGCCUCCUGGCCCUUAGCCACGCCGCUUCUGUGGGAACUGCGAGCAAUGCCACCGAGGUUUGCCAGUCGGAGGACGAGAUGUGGGGCGGCGAGGACAUCCGCAAGUUCUACUUCUGUCUGGACGGCAAGGUGAUCACCGACGAGUGCGACUACGGCUACUACUUCGUGAACAACGCCACCAUCAGUGGCUGCCUGCCCUCCGAAAUGAUGCAGGCCUCCUGCGUGAACCUGGACACCAAGGUGCCCGACUGCACGGGGGCCAGCAAGAUGCAGCCGCAGGCCUGCGACGACGUGGCCAGCUUCUACCUGUGCACCAGCGAGGGCGCAAUGGAGCUGCCCUGUCCCGAGGGCAAGGCGUUCAUCGACCAGGACGGAUACCUCGGAUGCUUCAAGUGGUCGGUGUGGCGCUCGUUGCGCAACUGCACCGACGGCUGAUGAUAUGUCCGGCGUUUUAAUCACUGUCCACUCAUCGCGAUUAAAAGUGUCCGAACCGAAA